AUGGUAGGCAAGAAGUCAGGCAAGGCCCUCCGGGAUGAAGGCCUGGAGCGGACCGACAACAAUAUGGAUCUUUCAAGCUGGCCACAGGUUCAGGCUAUCAACCAGAAAAACUACUACACUGACUACUUGAAGAGAGACGACCAAUACCUUGCAUUCCGAUUACAAAACGAAGAGGCAAGGACAAAGAUGACAAAAACGGCGAAAGAUCGGGAUCGCGCUCUUGCAAUGGCUAAACCCGAAGGCGCUGAAGGUGAAGCUGAAGCAGACGGCGAUGCGACUAUGGAAGACGCCGAGGAUACGCCUAUCGAGACCGCGGGGUCCAAGGUUAUAGUGAUCCAUGUCGGUAGCCAAAACCUCCGAAUCGGCCUGUCCAGCGAUGCUCUGCCUAAAACAGUUCCUAUGGUUAUCGCCCGAAAGGCAUCAAAAAACGAAAGCGAAGAUCACCCCGAACCCAAGCCCAAGAGAGUGAAACGCGAUGAUGGUACAGCCGAAGAGCCGGAGAACCUUUUCGGAGAAGAAUGGUCAUCGCAGUUCAAUAGGAUGUCGGCAGACCUCAAGGUUCAUAUGCGCCAGAAUAAGCGUCGAAUGCUGCCCAACUCGAAGGAGAUGGUGGUCAAUUUCAAUCGUCGAACUGUCCCCGAGACCAUUUCUGAACACAAUGACCCGAUGCGCGUUGAAUGGACUGAGUUAUCGAAGCCGCCCCCUGAAUAUAUUGUUGGUCAGCCUGCCCUGCGACUGCCAGAUUCCUCGAACCCUCGUUACAAACUGUACUGGCCCAUCUUGAAUGGAUGUUGCAACGAAACAGACUACAAGAGCAAGCGGGAGCUUUUCCUGGACAUUUCCUUGAUUCUCGAGGAUGCCAUCAAGACUCAACUCGGUCUGACCAGCAAGAAGAACUGGCCUCAAUACUCUUGUGUAUUUGUGAUACCCGAUCUUUACGAGAAAUCCUAUGUCAACCAAGUGCUGGAGAUGCUUAUGCGAGAAUUUGCAUUUGCGCGAGUUUGCUUCAUUCAAGAAAGUCUUGCGGCAACUUUUGGUGCUGGGUUUACAUCCGCUUGCGUGGUGGAUAUCGGAGCCCAGAAGACAUCCAUCUGUUGUGUGGAAGAAGGGAUGUGUGUGGAGAAUUCUCGAGUCAAUCUCAAGAUGGGUGGCCGGGAUGUGACUGAAACCUUUAUCCAGAUGAUGCUGCACGAUCAUUUCCCUUACACAGAUAUCAAUUUGUGGCGGCGAUACGACUUUUUGCUCGCUGAGGAGCUGAAGAAGAAUCUUUGCACCAUGGACGAGGCGAGUGUCUCGCCGCAGGUGUUUGACUUCCACCUUCGAGUCGCUGGACAAGAUACGCAGAAACAUACCUUCAAGGCCUUCGACGAGGUUCAUCUGGCCCCCAUGGGCUUCUUCGAACCCACUAUCUUUGAUAACUCGGACAAACUCCUGGGAAGACGGAAGCUGAUCGAGCGAUCGGUGGAUAUCUAUGAUGGCCAGUCUAACGACCCUGUCUCGACAGCGCAAUCCGAGAUCUUGACAGCACUCGCCCCGCCACUCCCGAAAGCGAAUGGUGACUCCCAGCCAGCCUCAUCCGAAGUACAAGCUACUCCUGCUCGGCCUCAACAACCUAGCGCACUCGGAAGACUCCAGGACCAGGACCAGACUCCUCGUUCAUCUGUUGCAGGAUCUCCAGUGCCCGAGACUAACGGAACUCCCCAGGCAGGAGGUGCUAAUACCCCUGCUGCUGCCCCUACGACGCAGCCUUCACACCCAGCUGUGGAGUCUCGAGAUGAUAUCCUUCCUGUAUUCCCGCUGGACAAUGCCAUCUUGACCUCCAUCGCCCAUGCUGCGCGGUCUGAUGAGAAAAAAAUGAAGGAUUUCAUUGGGGGGUAUUAUGGUCGUUGGAGGGGGCACCUUGACCAAUGGUUUCUUGAUGAGCGACUUCGCAGUCUUCGUCCAGCAUUCACCAAGGACAUCAUGAUUGGGGUCCCACCCCGAGACCUUGAUCCUCAGGUGGUCGUGUGGAAGGGUGCAAGUAUUUUUGGAAAGCUUAAUGCUACAAAUGAUAGCUGGAUAGGCCAGCUUGAGUACGACCGAUUGGGGCACAGAUUAAUGGCUUACAAGUGCAUGUGGGCAUACUGA